CAUUCAGCAUUUCAGCCACCGUUACGGCAAACCACACCGACGUCCUACACAUGGAAAAUAGUUUUAUACUACUCGCUUGAAAUCAUGACAAUAUUAACAUUUUUUUUAUGUAUUCCGUUCACGGAGGUAUGGACUGACCGUGGCGGUUGAGUUGAGGCCAACGACGUCCGACGAAUUUUAAUAAAAAAAAAAAAGUUCAAUAGACCGUCAGUAACUUGUAAGUCCCUUAAAACAAAUUGAUAGGUUGGUCAGUCGGUAAAUCCGCAUUGUUGUCGUCCACCACGUGCCGCGGCCCUCGACGAAGGCCAUCGUUUACGUCCAUAUUUUGUUUUUAAUUCUUUUUCGCCAUCAUGUUCAAUGAAGCACGGAACAACCUGAUCCUGGCCAUGAAUGACCCGUCGAACGUUCUCUAUUCUGACGAUUUCGUAGUGAUCAUUGCUGACCAGUUCCCGAAGUCUAAACAUCACUAUUUAGUUAUGCCAAAGGAAGACUUGCUGGACGUUCGAUCUCUCAAAAAGGACCACAUACCUAAGCUCAUUUACAUGGAAUUCAAAGGUCUGGAGUAUGUGAUGUACAAGACUGGACUGAUGGCACAAGAUUUACAAGUUGGAUACCAUGCUUUUACAUCUAUGAAUAGAUUGCAUCUGCAUGUAUUGAGUAAAGACUUUUGUGGCUCAGACAUGAAAUUUAAUCACCAAUGGAAUUCAUUUAAUACAGAAUUUUUCAUACCUACACACAAAAUAAUUUCUGAAUUACAAACAAUGGGACGUAUAGUAUUGCCGCCCAACAAGAAAUUUUUGCAUCAACCGCUCCAUUGUAAUAAAUGUGAUUACUUUGUUAAUGAUAUUAAAGUUUUAAAAUUCCAUUUAAAGUUGUUUCAUAAUUUGCCACCAAAUAAUUAAUAUUUUGCUUUUAAUUUAAGUAUUGAUGUAUAAUUUAUAUUAAUGUAAAACACUUUUAAUUUUGACAUAUACAAAUAAACGCAAACGUUUGGAUCCGA